CAAACCGCAAGAUUUAUCAAAUUAAAUUAUUGUAUUAAUUUCAGAAACUUUUGCUUAGGUCAAGUCUAGACGUCUAGUUAUUCAAAUAAAAUACUCGAAACACACUAUACCGACAUACCGACUACACAUUUUCUUUAUGUAACACUUUUAUAAUGUCGAAACGUUUUAUCUACCAACAGCAAGUCGGGGAUAGGAAAAAAGCUAAAUUAGAUGUUACUGCUGCAGAUCAUAAUUUUCCUCUAAGUCAAAAUGCUGCUCGAUCCAGCGAAGUUACUAAUGAAGCUAACACAUGGGGUGAUGAUAAUGAUGAUGAAAUCCUUCUGUUAGCUAGUCAAGCCUGUGAGGAGGUAUAUGGAGGUCAAGAUAUUAGUUUACUACCAGACUACAGUAUUGCUAUGCAACCCUCCUCCACCAGUACUCAAAUUUGUGAACCAGUUCCGAGCACCUCUAAAUCAGCAUUCGCAUUCAAAAAGCCCAUAACUCCCGUUAAUAUAAACAAGGUUAAAGAGAGUGACAGAAUAUCUUCCCCACUUCCUGGUAUAUCCUCUAAAGUAAAGAAUGAUGGUAUAAACAUAAGCGAAGAUUUAAUUUUGAGUGACAAAAUAUGUGACAACCUUGACCCAAACUAUGCAUAUAGACAACUUCUUCAGUUACAAGAGGAAAAUGCUAAAUUAAAAUCUGAGAAUGGAAAACUUAUGGAAAAAUGUGUAACAAAAGAAGGGGAAGCGUCCAUUUUGAGGAGUCAGUUAAAAACAUGCCAAGUUGCUGUUGAUAAUGCAAGGAUAGAAAAAAUACAAGCCCAGGAGAAGGCACAAAUGGAAUGGUCAGAAAAACUCUUAGCAGCUAAUAAUCAAAUGCAGGAUUUACGUACACAACUAGACUUUAAGAAUUUGGAAAUUAUAAGCAUUAAAGAAAAAUGCAAAAUGUUGGAGUCAUCAAAAGUAAAGUUAACACAAGUCACGAUAGCCGGAAAUGAUAUAUCUGCCAGCCAGAAACUUAACAGUAGUUCCAUAGCUAAUGACAAUAACAGAAAAAAUAACAGAAUCAAGACCAUAUCAAACGCAGUACAAACAGAUGGAAAGUCACACUUUCUAAAAUUAAGUACAGUAUUAAGAUUGGAUUCGUCCAAUUUAGAUGAUAUACUGCCCUUGAUAUUGGAGCCUACUAUGGAAACGUGUUCGCUACUUGACUUUAAUGAAAAGUUAAGAAGACCUGUUGAUUUAUCACAGAACAAAUGCCGCAUGCUGUAUGCCUUCCAUCAACUACCAUCCACGCCUCAUACUAACAAAAGAAACAAAAAGGCUAAAAUAUCAUUACCUUCCAUAUACAAAGAUGUAGCAAGCAUCAUAGCACAUCAAGGACAUACUUUUGAGAAUAAUAUUAGGUUACUUGAUAUAGUUAAAGAAGUGUUGUCUAAAGUUUUGACGGAGCUAGACACAAUAUCACAAAGGAUGACUUCAGCAUUUCACAAGGAAAUGGAUGAAAAGUAUAUUGAAGCAACAAAUACCAUGCAUCUAAUUAAUAAGAUUGACCUGAUAAGUGGAAGGUAUUUUAUAAAAGAUGAACAAGGAAUAUUAGCCAGGCGGCUAUUAGCAAUUUUAGUACUUAUAUUAGAGGAUUCCAAAAAUUUUAAUUCUUUAAAGAAGCUUAUGGAUGAUGAAAACUCUCCUUUAAUUGAGAUUUUAGCUAAACUUACUAGAAUGUGUAUAUUGUUAGACAAUACAUCAACCGCUAUGUUUUACAGCGGCUUGUUAUCUUCUGUGUUACAUCUUCUAGAUGUAACUAAAAGGGAGUCUGACCUUACUAUAGUGAAGAAUAUAAUCCACGCCCGGCCUAUGCCAUUUGUUUCCUGUCAAAUAUUGCUUGUGUUGACACAUACAGGAAAAUAUGUGAGAAGGCUAUGUACAAAAAGUGGAAAUCUCAAAGUUGACUAUGACCAAGGAGUUUUAUUGUAUAAAAAUGACUCUUGUACCUUGCAAAUUAUCUACAAACAAAUAGAAGCAGCACUUAAAUGUGCAGAAAGGAAAGAAAUUACUGGGGCAGUGAUUUUUAUAGCUAGAAAUUUACUUUUACUCUACAACUAUAUUAGUGUAGAGACAGAAGACAGUUCAGAAUGUGAAUGUCAGCUUGUUCUGUUACAAGUAUCGGUUCAUGCUCUCAAGAUUUGCUCCACCUAUUUGCUUCCAGAGACCACUGCAGAUGACGUCACGCGUGCGGACGCGCGGCGCAUCUGUGUGGGCGGGGCAAGCGCGCUAAGCGGGCAGGCGGCGCGGCUGAACCGCCUGCGUUAUCACCGCGGUCUGCUGCUACAAAUGGCGGACGUGCCGGAAAUCGGUAAUAUAUUAUCAGAGGUUCUGAGCACAUUUCAAGCAGUACCUGAAGAGCCGCCUGUCAGCUACCACAGUCAGGCUUGGAUUCAAAGUUUUCAAAAAUUCACCCUGAACUACGAAUAAGUAAUAUAAACUAAGGAAGUUUAUUAUUCGUAGACCCUGAAAAUCU